AUGAGAGUGAAGCGAGAGACACGGCAGGCAAGUGCCGGAACUAAGUUUGGGUUGCUGAUGUGGAAGAAUUUUAUGCACCAAUGGCGUCACAAGAAACAGACAGUUAUAGAACUAUUGCUGCCAGUGGGAACUAUGGCACUGGUGUUGAUAUUACGCUCAGAAAUAGAACCCGUCCUUCAAGACACCAAAGUUUAUCCACCAAUACAUGCACACACUCUUAAUUACUCUCUGCCCGUUCUGGCCGGUAUGAACUUCACUCAGCUGUCAUUAGCUUACUCUCCAGAAAAUCCCAUGUUGGACGAUGUUAUACGUAGUUCUGUCGUGAAUCUGUUGCUCCUUAAUAUAAGAGAUAUAAUACCGAUAAUUCUAGAAUUAUUCCCGGAUCUUCCCGAAAUCGAAUUACCGCCUAUUAACGUUAAUCAGACAGUUAUUUACGAAAUCUUAAAGAUGUUUGUUAAUGUGAGGGCUUAUAAUAGUAGCGCAGACUUGAGAGGCAUUUAUUCGCAAGAAGAGGUCACUCGUAAAAUUUUAGCAGCAGUAGAGUUCAGUGAUGAUCUGAGAGAUGCGUCUGAGUUGCCAAUCAACUUGUCAUACGCGUUACGAUUCCCUGAAAGACCGAGGCUUAGUUCAUUUUAUGUCCAGGGCGGUCGUACAUGGCGAACAGAUGCAGUCUUUCCACUAUUUGAAAUGCCUGGACCUAGAUUUCCUUUUUCUUGGGAAGGAGGCAACGAUCCGGGGUAUGUCAACGAAAUGUUCAUUGCGCUGCAGCAAGUAAUAUCAACCGAAUUGAUUUCAAGACUGACCGGGGAGGAUUUGCGAAACUACAUUGUAAGUUUUCAAAGGUAUCCACAUCCGCCGUACGUAGAGGAUCUGGUCGUGGAAGCAUUGCAAUUGCUUUUCCCUAUGUUCAUGAUACUGAGCUUCAGUUAUACGGCUGUGAACAUUGUUCGCGCAGUAACGGUGGAAAAAGAACUCCAGCUAAAAGAGUCGAUGAAAAUAAUGGGUCUACCAACGUGGUUACAUUGGACAGCUUGGUUUUUCAAGCAAUUUCUGUACCUUAUGUUUACCACAAUCCUUAUCGUAGUUAUCCUGAAGGUUAACUGGUUCACAAACGAAAAAGGGUUCAAUGAUUAUGCAGUAUUUACAAACACAUCAUGGAGUGUGCUCUUUUUCUUUAUAAUGUUGUAUUUGAGCUGUAUGAUUUUCUUCUGUUUCAUGAUUAGUGGUAUUUUUUCUAAAGGAAGCACUGCAGCUUUAUUUGCGGGUGUCGUGUGGUUCCUGAGCUACGUGCCCGCUUUAAUAUUGAGUCUAGAUUUGGAUGUUUCGGCCAUUGUGCAAGGUUUUACGUGCCUCAGUAUCAACACGGCAAUGUCCUAUGGUUUCCAAUUGUUACUUUCUAAGGAAAGCACCGGUGGUAUGCAAUGGGGUGAAUUCUUUGCUUCAAAUACCGUUGAUUCGACCCGCUUUAUGUUUGGUCAUGUAGUGGUCAUGUUGGUGGUGGAUUGUAUACUCUACAUGCUAAUCGCUUUAUACCUCGAGCAAGUUUUGCCUGGAUAUUAUGGGGUACCGAAACCAUGGUACUUCCUUUUCCAACGAGAUUUCUGGUUUCCCAGACGAAUAGACUUAAGCGAUGAUCUUAUCGAAGAUACUAAUAAUGAUCUCGUAAAAGAAAAGGAUCCGGAUGGUCAUGAAAUAGGGGUUAAGAUUACCAAUUUGACAAAAGUGUAUGGGAACAACAUUGCUGUGAACAAUUUAAAUUUAAACAUAUACAACGAUCAAAUAACGGUGCUCCUGGGACACAAUGGCGCUGGAAAGUCUACGACUAUUUCGAUGAUGACUGGUAAUGUUGAGAUAACAAGGGGUACGGUGUGGCUGGCCGGGUACGAUGUUCGACAGGACUUGAACACGGCGCGUGCACACCUUGGUCUGUGCCCCCAGCACAACGUACUUUUUGACGAGCUCACCGUCCGAGAACACCUCGACUUUUACUCACGGCUUAAGGGAUACUCCGGUCAGCAAGUACACGAUGAAGUUGACAUGCUAAUUAGUAACUUGGAAAUGGAAGACAAGCGGGACUAUCUAGCCAGCGGUCUGUCGGGUGGUCAAAAGAGGAGGUUAUGUGUUGGGAUAGCGCUUUGUGGUGGAGCCAGUGUAGUGCUCCUCGACGAACCUACCUCAGGGAUGGACCCAGCGUCUAGACGCGCUCUUUGGGAUUUGUUGCAGAAAAUGAAGAAAGGCCGGUCGAUGAUCCUUACGACGCAUUUCAUGGACGAGGCGGACAUCCUUGGUGAUCGCGUUGCAAUAAUGUCCAGUGGCAAAUUGCACUGUGUUGGCUCCCCAUAUUUCUUAAAGCAACACUAUGGCGUGGGGUACACACUUGUCGUUGUCAAAAAGGAAGACUUCUCCCCCGAAAGAUGCACGGCAGUCAUCAAUAAAUAUAUACCAAACAUAACGAUAAAAGAAGAUCGAGGCACAGAAGUAACAUACGCUUUGACAAAUAACUAUUCUUAUCUGUUCCAAGAUAUGCUUAACGACUUAGAAAUGAACGCUGAAGGAAUCCAAUUCGCGAAUUAUGGAUUAGUCGCGACAACUUUGGAAGACGUUUUCAUGUCCGUGGGGUCCGAUGUGGAAUUGAACUCCGAGAUGGACGACAGUGCAACUGCUACUACGAUCAGUUGCGGAGAUGAUGUACUUAAGUGUGAAUGCGGUUCAGCGUCUACGGAAUGCUUGGACAGGAGGGAUGAAAAUGUUCGAGGCUGGAAGCUCGUUUGCCACCACACCGCCGCAAUUUGGCAAAAACUCUGGUUGAUAUAUAGUAGGUCUUGGGGGGUGCUAACACUGCAAGUCCUUGUUCCAUUGCUCAUAAUUAAUGCGACACUUGGGCUGUUAAAAUACGUUUUGUCUAACGUAUCUUCUAUGCAGUCUCGAUUUCUUACACUUACUGAGGGGUAUUUAGAAACGGAGACUUUACUUGGUUCCAACGUGACGUCUGACACAACGAUAGGUGGUCGAAUUAAGGCGGGGUACGAGUUAUAUUACGGGACAGCAAACGUAGAACAAAUGACUCUUACCGAGGUCACUGGAAAAUCUAUCGACGAGUAUUAUUUGCAACGGAUGAACAACUCAAUAACGAGAGGGUUUUAUCGAGUUCGAAUGUUGAUUGGUGCAUCAAUAUCGGACGAGUCCGCUACGGCGUGGUUCAGUAAUUUUGGUUAUCACGACGUGGCCACAUCGUUGGCGACUCUACACUCGGCCAUGUUGAAGGGGUGGAACUCCGCAGCGAAUAUAAACGUGUUUAAUCAUCCCCUCGAAGCUGUCUAUCGAGACCAGGGGAAUUUACAACUAAUGGUUACCUUACUAUCAAUGCAAAUUUCUAGCAGCCUCGGAAAUAGUUUAGGAAUUGUAAGCGCCGCCUACAUCAUGUUCUAUAUUAAGGAGCGUGUCUCUCGGGCAAAGUUGCUGCAAAAAGCGUCCGGAGUUCAGCCAGUGGUGUUGUGGGGCGCUGCGGCGGUUUUCGAUUGGUUCUGGUUCCUUCUGAUUUCGGUUACGGUUAUAAUAUCGUGCGCGGCCUUCCAGGUCAUCGGUCUAUCCACUGUAGCCGAGCUAGGCCGUUUGUACCUGUGUUUGAUGCUGUAUGGCGGGGCCAUGCUGCCGUUGCACUAUCUCUUCUCGCACAUUCUCUCCGGACCGGCCUUAGGCUUCGUGAUAAUGUUUUUCAUGAAUGUUUUAUUCGGCAUGAUGGGUGCACAAAUCGUAGAGGCAUUGGCUGCACCGCAGUUGAAUACGAAGGAAGUGGCAGAGAUUAUGGAUCAAGUUCUACAAUUUUUCCCUUUAUAUAGCCUCGUAACCGCCGUCAGGAAUUUAAACCAAAUCGGAUUGACCGAGUACACUUGUUUGGAAAGCUGCGAUUAUUUGAUGGCGAUAUUGCCUAACAUGAAUGAAUGUACAAUGGAAAGUCUCUGCGAACUGUUUUCCGAGUCAUGCUGCGUAAGAGAAAACUCCUACUUCGACUGGGAGGGACCGGGAAUUCUUCGGUACUUAGUGUGUAUGAUAGCAUCAGGACUGUUUUUAUGGCUUCUACUGAUGGCAAUUGAAUACAAGAUAAUCCAAAAGUUAUUCAACCGCGAGAAGAGGCCGCCGCCGGUGGAAGAGCGCUCGUUGGAUGAGGACGUCGCCGAUGAGGCUCGGCACGUGAACAUGGUGACUGGAUCCGCGCUCGCUCAACACGGCCUCGUUGCCAAGAACCUCUCCAAGUACUAUGGAAAACAUCUAGCUGUGAACCAGGUGUCUUUCAGCGUAAGUGACGGUGAAUGUUUCGGAUUAUUGGGUAUAAACGGCGCCGGCAAGACGACAACCUUCAAAAUGCUUAUGGGAGACGAAGCGAUCUCCAGUGGCGAGGCGAUUGUGAGCGGUUACUCUGUUCAGAAGGAUAUUACUAAAGUCUACGAGAACAUUGGUUACUGUCCACAGUUUGACGCGGUAUUCGAAGAGCUGACAGGACGGGAGACGUUGCACCUGUUUUCCUUGUUCCGGGGGCUGCCUACGGAUAACUCUGACAUAAGAGCUCAAGCGCUUGCCCAUUCUCUCGGUUUCACGAAACAUUUGGACAAACGAGUGCACCAAUAUUCCGGCGGCAACAAACGCAAGCUCAGCACGGCGAUCGCCCUAUUGGGCCAGACGCGGCUGGUGUUCGUGGACGAGCCGACGACCGGCGUGGAUCCGGCGGCCAAGCGGCAGGUGUGGCGUGCAGUUCAAGGGGCGAGACGCGCCGGCCGAGGCGUGGUACUGACCUCGCAUAGCAUGGAGGAGUGCGAGGCUCUCUGCUCGCGACUCACCAUCAUGGUCAAUGGGCGGUUCCAAUGCCUGGGCACGCCGCAGCACCUCAAGAACAAGUUUUCCGAAGGUUUUACUUUGACGAUAAAAAUAAAAAUAGAUGAGGAUGAAACUCCGAACGACAACACUAUAAUGGAAAUGAAAAACUUCAUCAACUGUAAUUUCACUAAUCCGAAAUUGAUGGAAGAGUACCAGGGUUUGCUUACAUAUUACCUACCUGACAAAACAGUUGCCUGGUCAAAAAUGUUUGGCACCAUGGAACGAGCUAAGCGAGAAUUGUACGUUGAAGAUUAUAGCAUAUCGCAGACAACGCUCGAGCAAAUAUUCUUACAGUUCACUAAGUACCAAAAGCAGAGUCUCCAGGAAGACUCU